GUUGUGAAAGACAAUUUUGGGCUGCAGAGACAAAAAAAAAAUCAGUUAGUCUACAGAGGAGACACUGCAAGAAGUCCAUCGCUGCUGAUCAACAUCUGGAUUGAAUCGAGAGGUAGAAGGAAGGGCGUUUAUUCCGGCUUCUGUCAAAUUUACGAGAGUUGUAGACGAUGGUGAGGUCUACUACGAAGGAUGCACAAGAUCUUAUCCGCGCUGUUUGGUCUGCUUAUUCUGCAACCCCCACAAAUCUUAAGAUUAUUGAUCAUUACGUUGUGUUCGCCGUCUUCACUGCCCUCAUCCAGGUAGUUUACAUGGCUUUGGUGGGAACAUUUCCAUUUAACUCCUUCCUUUCAGGAGUACUUUCUUGCGUAGGAACUGCAGUUCUGGCUGUUUGUUUGCGGAUCCAAGUGAAUAAAGAGAACAAGGAAUUCAAGGACUUUGCACCCGGGCGCGCUUUCGCGGAUUUUGUUUUCUGCAAUGUGGUGCUCCAUUUGGUGAUCAUGAACUUCCUUGGUUAAACUGUGUUUGUGUAGUUUUGCUUGUUUCCAAUAGAUUCAGUCACUGGCAUAAGAGUAUUUACUUU